UCCGAAUGUUCCUAAUGUUUUCACCUACGGUACAUAUUGUAUUAUAUGUGUUUGGAUGCAGCUAGUACAGAUAAAGAACAAACAAUUGGUGUAGCUUGAAGGUGUUUUUUGACUACCUCUCAAUAUGUGGAAAGACAUGUGGAAGAGAAAGAAAAAUAGGACGUGCUACAAUCCUAACAACAUUUCCCCAACUUUCCAGGAUCAAUGGUCCAGUGACUUUAGUCCUUCUAGUAGUCGCCAUAGAGAUACUGAUAUUUUGAAAGUGGCAAACUCUCAACAGAAUGACUUAUCAGUUGCUGUAACGGAACUUGAAACAUGUUAUGUUUCUUCCAUGAAGCACACAACCGGGAACCCUUUGGUUUCAAAAGAUGACACUUACUAUGACAGCAAGCAUGCCGAUGCAGAAUUGAAGGAUGCAGUGACUUCUAUGAAAUGUAAGAUAUGCGAUGAUUAUCCAAGUGAAAAUGAACAAAGAAGUUUCCAUAAUGCCAAACAUGCUAGAAAUAGUUCAAACGAUGAUACAACGGAAAGCAAAAAAAUGCAUAUAGCUUAUAGAGCAAAGAGGUAUAUCGGUAAAAGGUUCAAAAAAUUGUUCCUUUCCAGUGAGAGAUUCACUCAUCCAAUACAAGAGACAUAUACAGAGGAUACAAUAAAUACUUGUCCUUCAACCACGAGGGGUGCGUACUUUGAACAUCAUUCUAGUACAGAAGAAAAUGAUUUGUGUGUAUCCGAACCCGAACACUGUCAAUUCAAGGACCAGAAAAAUAAGACAUUACUGGUUGCGCAGCCAGAGGAGGAUACUGACGAAUGUACAAAAAACCUUACGUUAGUAUCAACUGUGUCCACAGAAAAAGUAAACAGAAUGCUAAAAACCGGUAAAGAAGAAUACAAUGAAAACAAUGUGCUUUCGGAUAUUUCUUUGCUUAGCCAAAGCUGUGAGUGUUCUCUUAUAUCCAUUGACAAAAGCCCAAGCAUGCCUGAAUUGGAGAAUAACGUACCAUGCCAGAAUAAGCUCGAAAGGUCAGAUCAAACCUUUACAAAGGAAAGACAUCUCUCUCCUAAACCAAAUGUUCCCUGGUUGCAUUAUCAAAAUCAGAAAAAUGAGAAAAACGGCAGAAAAACGGACCAGGAAGUGACUACAGUAUGGGAUAAAGUGAAGUCUGAUGAAAGUCAUUCUUUGGAAACAGCAUGUGUUCAUAACAUCUCACAGAUGACUUCAUUUGAGAACUGUGUUUCUGCAACGACAAAGCUGUCAUUAAAUAAUGGACAUUUAUAUCGGGACAUUGAAAGUACAUCCACAAAUAACAACAUACAAAGUGCAGAUCUGUAUAAAUCGGAACUUUCUGAUAAUAGGAUAAGUAAAGCAUCCAAAAGUGUCACUGUGAACAUUAAUGAAUCAUCAGCAGACAAAUAUGGGUUGAUGGAAGAGAUCAACACAUGUCUAACACUCCAGGAUAGCCGCACAAAGCAAAUAUGUGAAAACACCCAAGCCAGUUCAAUACAACAAAUGUGUACAACAAAGCCAUCUAGUCCAACAACCAAAACCAGCUCAAAAACUCAAUUAUGCUCAGCAAACCAGGGAAGCCCUUGUUCAUCAAACCAAACUACUGUUGUGGGUUCAAUUGCACACCACCAUGGAGCUCGUCAUGGAGGUGAAAUUAGAAGCAAUGUUCAGCAUGAAAACGGUAACACUAAGGAAGUAGACAUACACAAUACUGACAUGACAUCAGUCGUCUAUGAAAAAUCCUAUUCCGAUGAUGACACACCAUGGCCUGGUUUUGUUGGAGUAUAUAGCAACGAACAGCAGCACGAAUCAACUAUUGGUGAUAGAUACACAAUCAACAAUAUGAUACCGGCUGUUGACGCUGGCAUUUGGGGAACAAUUUCAAGGCAAAGACUGUGUCUUGGAGAUGAAAACAGAAGGAAAAAACAGCAUAGGUAUAGUUAUAUAGAAGGAAAGCAAAAUGACAUCAGUAAAAAGUCAGACUUCUCAGAGAUCGACAGAAGCAGAUCAUGUUACAGAAUAUUUCGUCCAAAAACAAUCUUAGAUGGGGAAUGGCCGAAUUUUGAGAAGACUUAUCAAGGAAAAAGCAAUGAAACCUCCCAACAACACGUAUGUAUUACUGAAGUCGGAGACAUUGUAACUAUUGCUGAGAUACAAAAAGAGGACUCAAAAAUGGAUGAAAGGAGCAUGAUCGACCUUUCUCGUCAAAGCUGUGUUGACUGCAACAACGACGAAUAUGGCAAUGGGGAAAAUGUAUCGCAUUCAAGAGAAGCAGGUGAUAAAGCAAACAAUAGUCCAACGUGUGACAUCAGUGGUGAGAGAGGUCGUAGAACAGGCAUAGAAUGGCUAUCAGGGGACCCCGAUAAUGCAUGUAAUGCCUUCAACACGAUUGAAGAGAACACAGUCAAUGAAAUAGAGCAAGACUAUCACAAAUUUCUAGCACCAAGCAGCCAAAAAGAGCAUAUUACAUUUUGUGGCGUUUCGAACAGAAUGAAUGCACAACGGAGAGCUGCUAAAAGUAUGCAUUAUAUCAAUUCCUAUUCCUCAAUGGAUACAUUUCACACCGACAAAGAGAGAAAUACAUUGUGUGAUUGUGAAAGAGACACCUGCAUAAACCAGGGGGAAGGUACUCAAGGUACAUAUACUGAAAGGAUCGAAAAUAGAAUUCAGCAAGAAGUCACCCUAAUUGACCGAACGAAUAGAGAAGGAUACAAGUUUGAUGCGAAUUCGGAAACUAAUGGUGGUCGAAGAAAACAUAAUAAACAGGAUUUAUUGCUUUCUAACAGAAACAGCUUCACGACAAAAAACGAUAUGUCAUCAAACUGUUCUGAUAAUAUAGAAACAAAGGACAAGGUCAGUUGUCAGAAUGCUUACGGUAAAAUAGAGAUGGAAGACUAUGAUGAGAAAGAGAUGACAAAUAGCUGCAAGGCCAUGCUACAACAUGGAAUGCUUUCAAAUACAGGAUUUUUCAACGCAUCAGACAUUAAGAUACCGACCAAUGAGUAUGGCUUCUUACAGCAAGCAUCAUUAAGUUGUACCCAAUCUGAUCGAACGUUCCCAGAAAAACAACCAGAAGACUCUGACACUGACAGUAUAGCGCAUCAUUACGAUUCAUCGGCUGAAAGAUCUGAUCCCGGAAAAAGCAAAAACAAAAGUGAAGAUGACGGUAGUACCAACGAGUGGGUCACUGUACACAGCAAACAUAAUGGAAGAGACGAGAAAGAAAAUAAAACUCGCCAAAGAGACUCCAAAAAUUACGGAGCUGUUGAAAACAAGUAUCUUCCGACUGCGCUCAACGACAAUUUUGAAAAAGGGUUUGGAAACUCUUUAAGACCUGAAAGCGGCGGGCGAAUUUCUUACAAAAUAGAAUCUAAAUGUACAUCUAGUAGUGAAGGAAAAACCGACAAAAUAUUGAAACAUGAGGAACGAAUAGAUGAAAAGGGCUAUUUGAACAGUUCGGACUGUAAGAUGAAACCGCAAAGUAUAGGUGAACGACACACAGGACAGCACCCAUCAAGAACAUGCGUCAAUGAAAAGGGCUAUUUGAACAGUUCGUACUAUAAGAUGAAACCGCAAAGUAAUGGUAAACGACACACAGGACAGCACCCAUCAAUAUAG